UGCUACUUUUCGGCAUGGAGAACAAUAAGAGGUUCACUACUGAAAACUUGCUCACUAGAAUUGGAAGCUUUGGCCUUUACCAAAAGCUUCUAAUGGUGUUUGCAAUCUAUGCUGUUAUUUGCUGGGCUGUCUUUUUGGCUGUCACCUAUUUCAUAAUUGCCGAGCCAAGAUGGCAGUGUGUCCAAAACAGUACGAUUUGCAAUCUAACUGAGUCGAUAGGUCCUGGAGAAGCGAAUUAUGAUUACAGAUGCGGUAUUCCUCGCCAAGAAUGGAAGUUUGUAGAUGAAUAUACAUCACUUGUAACCCAGUUUGACUUGGUUUGUGACAAAUCUACAUUCGGUAAACACAUUAACACRAUGYCAUCGACGGGAUUUAUAGCUGGCUCUCUGAUUGGUGGCUUAUUGUCUGAUAAAUAUGGAAGAAAGAUCGUUUUCUUUGCUUCUGGAUUUUUGUACUGUGCUUCUUUCCUAGUAAUCAGCUUUUCAACGAGUUACUUGAUGGCCGCGGUUCCCGUCUUUUUUGCUGGAUUUGGAGGCGCAUGUACCACGUCCACAGCAUUUGUAUGGGUCGUUGAAUACGUAGGAAUCAAACAUCGUUCAUURAUAGGCAAUGGUCUAUGGCUGUCCUAUGCUUUMGGUUAUAUGAUACUACCUGGCUUGGGAUACCUUAUUCGCGAUUGGAGAAMGCUGACUCUGUUGGUUGCACUUAUUGGGGUCCCUGUGUUUCCUACUUGCUGUCUUGUACCAGAUUCUCUUCGAUGGAUGAUUACAAACCGAAGUACCCAGGCUUUAAAAACGAUUCAAAAAAUUGCRAAAAUCAACAAAAAGCCUGCUCUGGACGAGAAUAUUCAGCUUCCUAAAAUCGAGGCUAAAGUUACAUCGGGUGAUGUUCGACUUCUUUUUACCUCAGGAUACGGGAAAGCUACGUUAGUCAUUUGGUAUUCAUGGUUUGUCAACGCCUUGAUCUAUGAUUCAGUACAUUUAAGUGCUCCAAGUGUUGGGGGUAGUGCAUACUUAAAUUGGUUUCUUUCAGGCUUCGCAGAGCUCUUAAGUACUUUCUUUUGUAUAUAUGCUCAUAACAGGUUUGGGCGUAAGAAAUGUAUUAUCUUUUGUCAAAUCAUGGCCAGUUUAUCGUCAAUUGGCUCAGUCAUCCUUACACUUUAUGACGACGGCAGCCCAGGAUAUUUAGCUGGGAAYAUCUUGAUGUCUAUGGUGCUGGCAAAGUUUUUCAUCACUAUAUCUUAUGAUGGCAUAUAUUUAUUGACGGCAGAAUAUUACCCUACAAUUAUAAGAAAUGUAGCUCUYGGAGCAUCAGCAAUGUUUUCAGGCAUUGGAGGAAUAAUAGCGGGAUAUGUGACACAUUCAAUUCGAGUUWAUCCUUUACUACCAUAUAUAAUCACCGGUGCGAACGCAUUCUUAUCUGCCAUACUUUGCCUGUCACUCAGAGAAACAAACAAUCAUCCUCUACUUGAAGUGGUWCCUACAAUGAAGGAAAUGGAUACUAAYCUUUGACCACCUGGACCAGUUGAGUCGUUUAUACCGAGAAAUGGAGUAAAUCCAUCAAUCAACUUAUCAAUCAGCCAAUCAAUCAAUCAAUCAAUCAAUCAAUCAA